UUGGAUUUCUCUUGCUGUAUUCAAAUAUCACAUAGUGAAUUAGAAUUGGUCUUAUUGAUUAGUACAGUGACGUUCAUAUGCAGUUUUUUUGUCUAUUUGUUCUUUAAGAGUUUUAUUUUUUUAUUUUUUAUUCUUAGUUUUUUCCCCCAACUCAAUUUUUUUCUUUUUAUCUCUGUGUAUUUAAUUUAAAUAUCUUUUCUUUUUCUCUUUUUCUUGUUAUAUUAGUAACUUGAGUAUAGUGAAUAGAAUUAGUCUGUAGUAUAGUAAAUGUAGUGUUACCUGUUAGUAGUAUUAACAUAUUGUCUUAUUCAUUUGUUUCUUUCUCAUUGGGUUGCCAGGUCACCGUAGGUGCUGUAGGAGACUAGCUAGUGUUACUCCCAGUACACUAGAUACCAAGAUAUCCCCACAAUGAGUGGUGACAGAUCCUCCCACACAGAGGAGGAGGUGUUCCGGGGAUAUGAAAUCCUCAGAACCCUUGGCAAGGGCAGCUUCGGCAAGGUGAAGCUGGCCCGCCAUGUGGAGAGUGGGACCAUGUUGGCUGUGAAGAUCAUUGCCAGAGGGCACGGGGAUUCCUCCGAGUUCCCACAAGCAAGGGUAGAAGCAGAGAUUAUGAAUUCUCUGCAUCACCCUCACAUUGUACAGCUAAUGCAGGUAGACUACACGGCAGAGAGAGCCUACCUGUUCAUGGAAUAUAUUAGUGUGGGGGACCUUGGAAAGUUAGUGGCAGUGCGCGGCCACCUUGAGGAAGGAGAAGCGUGCUACUAUUUCAGUCAGACCCUGGAAGCAGUGGAGUACUGCCAUAAGCAGCACGUUGUCCACAGAGAUAUAAAAUUAGAAAAUCUCCUUGUGGACAGAAACAUGUGUAUUAAACUAAUUGACUUUGGCUUAAGCCAAAAGUUGGCUGAAGGCCAACAACUCAAUUCAUUGUGUGGCAGCCUCGAAUACUGUGCCCCGGAAGAAUUCUUAGGGAAGGAAUUCGAUGGCUACAAGGCCGACGUGUGGAGCCUGGGCGUGCUCCUAUACACCAUGGUGAAAGGGUGGCUGCCCUUUGAAGGGGACAGCUUUGCAUACUUGAAGGCAGCCAUCCUGGCUGGCUCUUACCUAGUCCCCUCCUCUAUAAGCGGGGAACUGGAGCAGCUGCUGGACUGGCUGAUGACCUGUGACCCUGCUGAGAGGCCCACAGUGGCAGAUGCUAUGGGCCACAAGUGGCUCAGCAUGGAGCAGAAAGGGCCCAAACUGAGUGAAGAUAUAGCCAAACAGACUCAGAGUUCAACCGAGGACGAGGACCUCAGUGACAGUGUGGAGAGCCUGAGCUCUCAGGAGGGCCUCAGAGAACAGGACGGCCCCCUGUGGGGAAAAGCCCAGCUACAGGCUCACCUCAGAGGAGGAGGAAGCGAAAUUUACAUGGGGCUCCCAGGUCCUUCGCAUGUUACUGAAGGUCCGAAAUACCUCUCAGGCCUCCUCUUCCAGCUGGGCCGUGAGGAGGAGGAUGGCUGCUUGUCCCCUGCUCUGAGCUGGGGGAAAUCCCAGGAGGGCUUCAGUGGAGCAGCGAGACCUGAGCUCACUGAAGUGGAGCUUCUAGCAUCUCCCCAGGAUGCUGAGGCCCAAAGCUACCUGGUGGAGCUGGGCUUUCAGCUGAGCCGUAAAGCAGCCCCCCUGACACCCAGUCUCCUAGCCAGCGCCACGUCCCCAGUGCUGCCCGAAGGUGACCCGUCAUCAGGGCUAAAUGCC